AUGGCUCCGAAAGGAGGAACAUUUUUCCUCCUUCUCAUAGUGACCUGUGCAGCUUUAGCUUUGAGACCAGAUAGGAUGCUGAAAAAGAAACUGGACGUCAAAUACAUGGCCAAAAAAAUGAUGAAGGUGUGCCAGAACAAGGGAUACACGAAGCCUCCCAUGGCACUGCUGAAAACUGUGUUUGACAAAAGUGAGCCUUCAACGGACAGAAACAUGGACGAAUCCACAUCCCUCCUGGCUCCUUUUCUUGAACUCCUGGGCUCAGUUGUUCCUGGUGAAGACUCACUUAGCCGAGUUCCCUCUGAUGACAAGGACGACAUGAAAAAUGAGAUGAUGAAUACCACCGAUCUUCCAAACGUGAUCAAGCGGAUGAGGAACUCCUCUGAAUCAUCUGCAUGCUACAUGGAAGCAUUUGUCGGCCCUCUGUCAUGGACAACUUUGGCUAAAAGUGAUGCAAAAAACAUGGAUUCAGACAAGUACGACGCACUUCUGUCGACUGCCAAACCUGUGGUGCUGGGCAUGCCUUCUACAAGAGUGAACUUCCCAGACAAAUUAGAGGGACGAGACAUGAAAAAGUGGAUGAAGAUGCUGACGGAGUUGUACAGUGUCAUGUCUGAAGAAAAAAAGACCAAGGUGUUGAAAUGGGCAAAAGAGCAGAUCACCCAGAACUACUUCAACUGUACGACAAUGCCAAAGGCUGCCUCAAAAUCAAUGAAGAUGGAGCAAUGCAAACGUUCACUGAAAUGGCUGAACUCCGAUGCUUUGGAAGCCUUGGGGCCUUUCCUCGCUGGUUUAAAAACAGGAGAUGUUGACGCUUCUCCCAAAGAAAAGCUGUGUGAAUUUUACAGCUCAGUCAAGUUCAAAGCCGCCUUCAGUUUUGUCAUGGAGAUGAAGCCCAGCCUGGCCAAGAAGUUUCUGCAAAGAUUUCAAGAGUGCUUCCCUGAAGAGAAGGAAUUUGCAGAGCAAUUGGAGAAACUCGGCAAAUUGGCCUGUUAUUAUCAACCCCCUCAAAAGCUGACUUCUGACCUCAGCAAGAAACUCCUCCCUCAGCUUGAGCAAUGUGAUGACGGCGACAAUUACCGAAUCAAAAAGCUGAAGAUGGUCCUUGUCAGCAAUUUGAACAUUUCUCAAGCACUUCAAGAGCCGGGCAUCAGUAUCAACUUAUUUUCUGCUAAACAACUGUCCACGAUGUCUUCCGCUGCUAUCAAGGAGGCUCUGAAAAAAAUGAGAUCAGAUGUCAGAUUGAAAGCUAAGCAGCAGCAAGCACUGGUCAAGAAAUUCCUGGGGAAUAAGAAGUGUAAAAAUGUGACAAAUGAGGAGCUGAUGGACCUUUUUCCAGUCGCAGGAGGUUUGCCAAGAUGUUUACUGAAGCAAUACAAAGCAAGAAAGAUCCUGAAUAAUACAGAGGGCCUGGAGAAAAUCAGCAAGGGGUUGAGGAAGGGGCAGUUAAAGAGCUUGCUACAGGGGCUGAGUAUGGAUGUGGAUCCCUCAGAGCUGGUGGAGAAGCUGCCUGAGCCUUUGCUUCGCAGGGUGUCUCUGAAUUUCCUGGAGAAAGCAAAUAUCAAAACUUUGGAAAAACUGAAGGAUAAAAAAUGGAGUGUGGCCCAGGCAUCAUUACUGGUGAAAAAGAUGUAUAACAAGAAGAUGUUAGAGUUCAGGAAGCUCCGCUCACUUCUUAAAGGAAUAACCUGUAAGAUGAUUCAAAACAUAUCCGACAGCGACAUCCAAGACAUGACUCAAAACACAGCAGAGACUGCACAGAGGCUGUCUAAAGUGCAGGCAGGAUGUGCUGCCAGAAGGCUUUUUGCAAGCUUGGAAAAAAUACGAGCUGACUAUUUCAAAACCAUCACAGAGGAGGAGAUGAAAGGGAUUCCCACUGAUUUGCUUCUACACCUGCCGUCGAGGAAGGUGAAGGAUCUGCCUGACUCUGUGUGCCCUGUCCUCCUUGAGAUGAUGGAAGAGGCCAACCUGAGUUCAUUGUCUCUCCGUGCCCCAUCCCGCCCUGCACUCACCAAGAAAGCUCUGUUUUGCCUUGCAAAUGGGACAGACUUAUCUGUACUAACCAUUGAGAAUGUUAAGAUGCUGGGACCUUUCCUCUGUGAGCUUGCACCUUCCCAACUGCGCCUCAUGGGCCCUGAUGUCCUCAACAGUAUCCUCGAGGCAAUGGCUUUCUGCCAGCACAUUCCCCAGGGCCACAGGGCAGAUCUACUUCAGCUGGUCAUCAAGAAUUAUGGGGAUGUGGCUAAUUGGUCGUCUGAGACCAUGGAAGCACUUGGCUUUUUCCUAGCUUUUGAUGACAAUGCCAUAUCUGCUCUGCCAAAUGAGCCAUGGAUGAAAUCUGCCCUACAAUACCUGGAGAAGCGCCUACCCCACACCCCCACCACCAUGAAAAAGAAAAUCUUCGACCUUACCGUUGAAAGCAAUGCAUCACGUAGGAAGAGAGCAGUGAGUAAAGUACCCACUGCAGAGCAGAUUGAAAAGCUGGGAUCUGGCAAUGUCUUCUGGGAACCUGCACAGCUUGAACAGAUUUCAACACAAACUUUUGCUGAUACUUUGGAAACACUUAGGAGUGUCUCUGACUACAGUGGCAACCAACUGGCUGCCCUCAGUAAAAAGGCAGUUGAGUUCUUUGGCCCAGUGUCCGGUAUGACUGAGACUGUGUUGAUGCAGCUGGGAUGUAUAACUCAGGGCUUCUCCAAAGAAGACCUGCAGACACUCCCUUUCUCACUGGACACCCUGGAGGAAGUUGCCAAUUGUGGCUGGAAAGAGUCAAAGAUGGAGCCAGUGUGGAGGGCUGUCGCUAAGUACAACAACUUGACAGCAGAGCAGCUAGGAGAUGCAGAGUUGGUCUCAUUGAACCAGUUCAUCUGUGGGAUGAGCUCCAGUGAAAUCAUGCAGAUCAACAAGGACGCCUUCAAGGAGGCUGUAGACUCCAUGAAUGAUAUUCAGUGCUCCUUCAAGGGUAUACAGAAGUUGAGAAGUCUUUCUGUGUCUGCAUUUGGACCUCCCAGCGAAUGGACUGAAGCACACGUGUCUACCCUUGGAAACCUUGUUGCCGGGUUAAAGUCCACAGAUCUGGCCUCUUUAGACCCACCAGUCCUCUCAUUUCUCAGCACAUCCAGCAUCGAGCUCAUACCACCUGAAAACUUUGCUGCACUCUCUACUAGUCAGCUGAUGGCUCUGGGACCUGACAAUGCUGUAGUGGUGACCAGUGAACAGCGGUCUGCUCUGAGAGACGAUCAAAAGUCUGCUCUUGACAGUGCCAUAACUGGAACUGAGGCUGAUUCUCGUACCGAAACACCAAAACCUGCAGGGUCAGGAGCUCCAGCCCUGACGGUCGAGGGGAUCUUGUCCUUCAUGAAGCCUCUUCUGUUCCUCCUCAUGGGCGUUCUGUUGCUGUGAGAACAGAGAGCCAGCAGAGUCAAACUGCCACACACACACACACACACACACACACACACACACACACACACACACACACACACACACACUCUCAUAUCUCGCCAUUACAUCGUCAUACUGCAGUUUGACAAUAUGUAAUUCUUCUGCUUUAAUGUGUCUCAGAUUGAUUUCAAUUCUGUCUCACAUUGG